AUGUCUCUAUCACAGUACAUCGACCUCUCGCAGCCGAGUCUGGUCUUGUCUGCCGUGACAAUUGCUUUCAACCCGCUCUUCUGGAACCAUCCUGACAUCUUCUUCCGUGCCGGAUCUCUAGAAUACAACAACCACAUCUUGACCAAGCUCUUUGGCGGCAAUAAGUACAAUGGAUGCUACUUCCUGGCCAUCACAAUCUUCUCGUUAGGCAUUAUCCGAGACCACCUGUACAACGACGCUCUUAAAAACCAGCCGUAUUUUGCGCCUGUCCACCAGCAGUACCUGGCCUAUGGGCUCUUCGCAUCAGGAAACGUCCUCGUCCUAUCUAGCAUGUGGGCACUCGGAAUCACGGGAACGUACCUCGGAGACUACUUUGGAAUCCUCAUGGAUGCUCCUGUGACUGGCUUUCCGUUCAAUAUCACCAGUGCUCCCAUGUACUGGGGCAGCACUAUGAGCUUCCUGGCUGUGGCUCUGUAUCAUGGCAAGCCUGCUGGCCUCCUGCUCACCGCCGAGGUCUUCAUCUGCUACAAGAUUGCCUGUCUAUGGGAAGAACCAUUCACAGAGGAGAUCUAUAGCAAGCGUGAUAGAGAGAGAUCCGCUGCAAAGAAGGCCGGAAAGGCUGCUUAG